AUGCCCACAGCAGUGAAAGCAGGCUUGGAUGACAAAAUGACAGAUACUGGCAACUCGGAUGGGAUAUUACCAGAAUGGGAGAAAAACUUAAAGGAUAUGAAAAUACCUGCCUGUUUUAACAAGAUGCCCCAAGAGACUGGGAAGACCUUCCCUCACUCCAAACAAGUUGGGAACUACCUAGUAGGCAAAAUGAUCAACAAGGGCUCCUUUGCCAAGGUGAUGGAGGGGCUGCACAUCCCCACGGGGGAGAAGGUAGCCAUAAAGGUCAUUGACAAGAGAAAAGCCAAGCAGGAUUCCUAUGUUUUGAAAAAUAUGAAGCGUGAGACACGGAUACACCAGAUGAUUAAGCACCCCAACGUUGUUCGGCUAUAUGAGACCUUGGAGACUGACAACUCCUAUUACAUGGUGAUGGAGCUGUGCCUCGGCGGGGACCUCCUGGACAGAAUUUGUGACAAAAAGAGACUCGCGGAAAGGGAAGUAAGGAGAUACACCAGGCAAAUUCUGUCUGCAGUGGAGCACCUGCAUUGCCAGGGGAUUGUUCACAGGGACCUAAAAAUCGAAAAUUUUCUUCUUGAUGAGAACAACAACAUCAAAAUUGUCGAUUUCGGACUGAGCAAUGCUGCAAAGUUUGAGGGUCUCUCUCAGGAGCUGUUACAUACCCAGUGUGGAAGCCCAGCUUAUGCUGCCCCAGAACUCCUUGCUCAAAGGAAAUAUGGUCCAAAGGUGGACAUCUGGUCCAUAGGUGUAAGCACGUUUGCUAUGCUAACCGGCACAUUACCCUUCACCGUGGAACCUUUCAAUAUCAAGCAACUACAUCAAAAGAUGUUAAUUGGAGAAAUCAGCCCUAUUCCGUCAGAUAUCUCCCCUGGAGCUGUACACUUCAUGCAGUCCUUACUUGAGCCUGACCCUGCUAAGAGGCCUGGAGUCAAAGAAGCAAUAAAAGACAAAUGGUUGAAUGAAGGCUUCACCAGAAAAAUACUGAAUGCUGCUACCUAUAAGAACAGACUUUGCCCCAGUGAAUUGAAUCCUGUUGUUUUAAACUACAUGACAGAAAUGAUGGAGUUCAGUCUUUCAGAAGUUAUCAACAUUUUAAUAAGUAACAGACCCUCUCCUGCCAUGGCUUCUUAUUGCUUAUUGCUGAAGAAACUGCUCAGGUACCAGAAAGACCGCAAAAGAGCCCAGGUAAGAUAUCAUGAUCAUGACAGGCAUAAAAACCAAAUGUAUCAAAUAUCAACACAAACGAAAAAGAAGGAUGGAGUAACCCCACAAAGGGAAAAUGAAGUAGAAAAACACAAUAUUAAUCCUGAUGAAUAUUUGAAUAAGCAGUCGGAAAUUCAGAUUUCCCAGAAGGCUGAAAUGGACACUCCAGAAAACUUCAGAAAUUAUGGCAACAGGGCAUUUCCUUCUGUACUAACCCUGGCAGUGCCAGAUGCUAUUAAGGAAGAUGAGAUCGCAAUUACAUUAGAAAACCAAGAAAACUUGACAGAAGUUUCCAAGUUUGCAGGCAGAGAGUUGGUCCACCUUGGACCUCCUAAGUCAUCAAGCAAAAGUACGCCAUGUCAGACCAUGUAUCAGCUGCUUUUGGACCUUCAGGAGAACGAGAAUGAUUUUGAAGAUUUGACUGAAGCCAGAAAACCACGUAUUCAUGAGAAAUUGCCAUCCACAGCAGCAAAUAACCAACUUCCUUCUUCAAACGUAGAAGCAAUGACGUGUACAAGCAAAGCACCUCCCCGGUCCCUAAUGGAAAACAAAAUUAUUACCAGGAGUCCUUUGCCUCAUCAGGACAUGAGGUUUAAAGACCUUCUGAAGGCAGGAGAUGACAAUAUUUGCAUCCCAACACGGUGGCACCUUGAUAAAGAGGACACUGAUCUCCUCAUGACUGACUUUCCCCAGCUGUCACCUUUCCCCAGGCUGCAACAAGGUGCCCUGAGAGAAACCCUAGCUAGAAAGAUUUCCUGUCUGGGGGCAUCACAGCAACAUACAAAUAUCUGCCCUGUGUUUUUAGUCCAUGGUUCAAAACCACCGGCAUUCCCCAUGUCCCAACAGCAAACAUUUACCGGCAAGUCCACAGCUGUAGCUGAAGAGCUGGAGAGGAAGGAUGGGGCGCGAAGGCAGGAAUUUAUCACCACUGAAGAAAUCAUGCUGUGUGACUUUGUCCCGUGA